AUGGAAUUAUAUUGUUCGUAAUUUUUGAAAGGAUAACCUGUGGUCGAAAUUCAAAAUGACAAACCUGAGAAGAAAAAGGAACGAGAUCCUAAUGCUCCCAAGAGACCUCUUACUGCUUUCUUCUUAUUUAGCCAGAAAUAUCGUGAAAAGGUUUUGGAAAGAAAUCCAGGUAUUGAUUUGAGUGAUUAUUAAUUAGAAGUCAAACUGAUCCAGAUUUCAUAAAUGGCAGGAUAAAAGUGGCAAUCAAUGAGUGAGUAAGAGAAGCAACCAUAUGUUGAUUAAUAUAAUUAAGCAAAGAGCAAGUAUAAUGACGAUGUUAAAGAGUAUAAUGAGAAGCAAGGUAUUACAAUUAAAGACAAAAAGAAAAAGAAGACUGAAAAGUUUGAUGACAAAUCUGUGAAAUCAGGAUAAGAUUAUCUAUUCGAUGAUAUCGAUUCAGAAUCGAUAUAGCCAGCUGCAAAACAUCAACAAUAGCUCAAAUAGUAAUAGGAAAAUAAGCAAGUAAAUCAAAGUUCAGAUGAUGAACAAAUAUAAUAAACAAUACAAUCUAAGUCAUAAAAAGCUAAAUCUACUAAAUCCAAAAAUAAGUAAGAAGUGAACGAUGAUCUACAAAAAGAAAUUGUCUAAGUCAUAAAUAAAGAGAAAUCACAAAAGAAACAAACAAAGAAAUGA